AUGUCAGUGUCUCCAUGUUGCCUUAAGGGAUUCGCGUGGGAGGGAACACCGGCUGGCCGCAUCGAAAAGCUUGCCAAUAUUGAUGUCUACGUCACUGGUGAAUCUUCCGAAAGAGCGGUACUGAUCGUUCAUGAUCUGCUGGGAUGGACUUUCCCCAAUGUACGGCUGCUAGCAGACCAUUAUGGAAGAGAGGCAGAUGCAACAGUCUAUGUCCCUGACUUCUUUGGAGGCGAGGUCCUUCCUUUCGAGGCUAUCAAUCAGGGACACUGGCACGAAAUCGACCUGGCGGGUUUCAUGAAGAACAACUCUCGUGACGCACGUCAGCCAGAGAUAUUUGAAUUUGACAAGGCUCUUCGCGGAAAGUAUCAAAAGGUCGGCGCAGUGGGGUUCUGCUACGGCGGCUGGGCCGUCUUUCGUUUGGGUGCAAAGGAGCAUCAACCACCCCUUGUGGAUUGUAUCACGGCAGGUCAUCCAAGCCUCUUGACAAAGAAGGACAUUGAUGAAGUUGCCGGACCAGUCCAGCUCUUGGCCCCAGAGUUCGACCCGGUCUUUACGGCUGAGUUAAAGACAUACAGUUUCGAGACGAUUCAGAAACUGGGCCUGCCACUCGACUACCAGUAUUUCCCUGGAAUGGAACACGCGUUCCUUGUUCGAGGAGACCCGGAGAAGGCUGGAGAACGGGACGCCAUGGUGAGGGGAAAGAAUGCCGCGGUUGCUUGGUUGAGACAAUUCCUGCAGUGA